AUGUACAAUAAUGCAAGAAUAUUAACAAAAUUAUUGUUUUUAUUUGUAGAAAAAGAAAUCAGAAAUAAUAUCGAUAAUGAUUACUUUUUAGCCAUGCGAUGGCAACAAGUUUAUGAUAGAGAAGGAACAAACAAUGAAGAGCCGGGAGUCUACAAAAUCCUUUUAUUAGGUGGAACUGGAACUGGGAAAUCUACCAUUAUCAAUAUGGUGACAAAUUACUUUUUAGGUGGUACUCUUGAUCAACCAAAAGUUGUCAUCCCGACAAAGUACUAUAAAGUAACUGAAAUAAAACAAGAUGAUAAAAAUAUAAAAGAAAUUAUAGAUACUGCAAUUUCAGCCGGUUCAUUAUCAGCCAUCGUAGUUAUUGCAAAUGGAACAGAAGCUAGAGUCACUCCAUCGAUCAGAAAUACUUUGGUUCGAUUAGCGAAUAACCUUCCUGAUAAUUUGAUGGGUGAUAACGAAGCACGUUCUGAAAUUACACAACAUUGGAAUAAAUCUAUUACAACAAUAAAUAAAUUAUUAGAAACUGUUACUGAGUUAGCUGUUGUUUCGACCAAGGCAUUUGAACUUAUGAGAGACCUUAGAAAUAGAAUCAAAUCUGAAAUAGCAAAAGUAACUCAAGACAUUGCAAAUAUUCAGCAAGUUCAAGAUCGACUUGAAGCUGCUCAGAAAGCAUUACAAAAAGCUGGUGACCAAAAAAAAGCCUUUUCUAACUAUACAACGUCUGAAACGAUUACACUUAAGAAAAUUGUUGAAUCCAAUAAACAUAGUACUGUUUGCACCCUUCAUCUUAAAGAUGAUGUAAUUUGUCAUGAAAAUUGUUCGCUUUCUAAAGAAACUAGACAAGGGACUAAUCACUUUGUUAGUUGCUAUUGUAUGGGAGGAGGCAAUAAAUGCAGACAAUGUGGAUGUGGCGCUGGAAG